AUAUUUCUUAAAAUGAGUUAAAAUUAUAAGAGGCUGGCUUUUAUUUUUCUGGUUAUCAUGUUUGCUAUUAAUUAAGCUUAUUGUAUAGAAGCUAGAAGAAAUCUUAGUUCAAAAAGAGUUAGUAGUCGUAGCAGUAGUAGUAGAUCAAGAUCUUCAUCUAGCUCAGGUAGUGGUUCAAGUGGGUCAGGAGGUAGCACCUCUGAUACAGCUUUAAUUCUUGCUAUAGUGAUCCCUGUAACAGUGGUUGUUAUUAUCAUUUUUUUAGUUUGCUUAUGCAGAAGAUACAGAAUGGCUUAAUAAAAAAUUGGAUCACUGAAUAAUUUCUAACUUAAUUAAUAGUAAAAUAUGAAUUAAUAAAUGCAGGCCUUAAAUCCUAUUCAACCAAAUCCUUUUAGUUAAUAAUAAUAAGUAUUUAAUUGUCCAGAUUAAUAUGGAAUAAACUAAUAAUAAUAACUUUAAGUGAUACAAUAAACCCCUUAUUAGUAAAACAUUAAGUAAUAACCUUAAAUAUACUUUUAGUAGCCAGUUAUAUAAUAAGCAAGCGUUUUAUGA